AGCGUCCAGUGUGUAUUGUUUUUCUUGCAAACUUAGAAAUAGUUUAAACUAAAAAAAUAUUUACAAAUAAUGAAUACUUUGGCCUUAAUAGCUUUUGCCUUAUGGGCUGUAUUUAUGCGUUAUUUACCAAAAAUUAUUGAAUUUAUUAAAAUGAAAAAAUGGUCGGAAAACGUACCGGGUCCAACGAUUGGUGAAUUAAUUGAAAAUGCCAAAAAAGGAGAAAUCCUCAAUUGGUUCAUUGAAUUACGCCAAAAAUAUGGUCCUACUUUUCGCCUCUGGCUGGGCAAAGACUUAAUGAUUUUUUUCACCGAUCCCGAAGACGUCAAACAGUUGCUGAGCAACAAUACCCUGCUACACAAAUCAGAGAACUAUAAUAUUUUGAGUCCUUGGUUGGGCAAGGGCCUCUUAACUAAUGGCGGCGAAUCCUGGCAUACACGUAGAAAAUUAUUAACUCCAGCAUUCCAUUUUCGUAUUUUAAGUGAAUUUAAAGAACCCAUGGAAGAGAAUUGUAAAAUAUUGGUGGGCAAAUUGAGAGAGAAGGCAAACGGAGCAAUUGAUAUAUAUCCUUAUAUAACACUUGCCCUGGAUGCCAUUUGUGAAACGGCCAUGGGCAUUAAGAAACAUGCACAAAUGCAAAGUGAAUCGGAGUAUGUAAAGGCGGUUCAGAAAAUGUGUCACAUUUUACACAAAAAAUCCUUUUCCUUUUGGCAGCGAAUGAAUAUAUUCUUUAAAUUUACCAAACCUGGUCGGGAAAGAGAUGCUGCUCUUAAAAUUUUACAUAACGAAACAAAUCGUGUUAUUAAAUUAAGACGUACUUUAGAAGAUUCUCAAAUACACAAUAUGAAUGAUGCCCAAAAGGCCGAUAAUAUUGAAGGACAAAAAAGACGUUUAGCUUUCCUUGAUAUGCUGCUGAUUUCUCAAUAGGGUGUACCUCUUAGUGAUCGUGAAAUACGUGAAGAAGUUGAUACCUUUAUGUUUGAGGGUCAUGAUACUACCAGCUCAGCCAUAGGAUUUGCCAUAUAUUUACUUUCACAACAUGCUGAUGUCCAACAACAAGCCUACGAAGAAGCAGUAGCUCUUGAGGGUCACGAGAAGGAAGCCAUGCCUUAUUUGGAGGCGGUAAUUAAAGAAACAUUACGUCUUUAUCCCUCAGUACCUUUCUAUUCUCGCUGUAUUAAAGAAGAUCUUAAUGUUGGUUCGCUUAUUGUGCCUAAGGGAGCUAGUAUUAGUAUUUUAACUUAUAUGGUGCAUCGUGAUGAGAAAAACUUUCCCGAUCCAGAAAAAUUUGAUCCCUUACGUUUCUUGUCGAAGGAAACAAAUUUACAUCCCUUUAGUUUUGUAGCCUUUAGUGCAGGUCCCCGUAAUUGUAUUGGUCAAAAAUUCGCCAUGUUGGAAUUGAAAUGUUCUUUGUCGUAUCUUUUGCGUAAUUUUGAAUUCUUACCCGUCAAAGAUUUUAAACCACAACCAUUGGCCGAAUUGGUUAUGAAAAGUGGUAAUGGAAUACAAAUCAAAAUGAAGAAGCGUUAACGUGCUACGGUUUUUAUGCUUAUAUAGUUUUAAGAAUUGAUAAGUGCCUUUAGACUAUACACUAGAUUAUAGGCUAUUAAAAUGUAAUUUAAAAUUUAAACUUUUACGUGUUUUCAAUGAUUUAAUCAAGCAAAGCCAAAUUGAGUAGACCAUCGACUACACAAAAGGCUACACCAUAGGCUAUAUUAUAGACUCGACUAUAUAAAUAGUAGACUAUAUACUCGACUAUAAGAUGGUGCUGCUCAUGCUAUUCAUGUUUCACCAUGUUGCAAUAUUAUAUAUACUACAGUCCUUUGGAAUCUAAUUUGAUAUGUCUCUUGCUAACAUAACCGACCAAAAAGC